UGAAUGAGUCAAACAAAACAAAACAUGAUCCAACACUUCAACCUCAUUACCAUUCACAGUGGUCAUCACCUCACUCCUUAGUCCAACCGAAAUCAAUGGCUGCAUCUACAGCCUCUGCACUCAUCACAUCCUCCUCACUCUUCCAUCUCCGCUCUCGCUCUCGCUCCGCCGCAUUUUCUCGCUCCUCCUCCUCAACCACCAAACCCACCUUCCAUCUCUCAAAAUCUCUCCAUCUCCACACACCCCAUCACCCCAUUUCACACCCCACUCUCUCACUCCUUCAAUCUCCCACUCCCAAAACCUGCUUCGAUUCCGCUCUCAUUCUCUGCACUUCCCUCGCCCUCUCCUUCACCCUCUUCUUCACCAACACUGAUUCCGCCUCCGCCUUCGUCGUCACGCCGCCGAGGAAGUUGCAGUCCGAUGAACUCGCCACUGUUCGUCUCUUCCAAGAGAAUACUCCCUCUGUUGUCUACAUCACCAACCUUGCUGUCAAGCAGGAUGCGUUUACGUUGGAUGUGUUGGAGGUUCCUCAAGGAUCUGGGUCUGGAUUUGUUUGGGAUAAGGAAGGGAAUAUUGUGACCAAUUAUCACGUUAUUCGGGGUGCUUCUGAUCUCAGGGUCACCCUUGCUGACCAGUCAACCUAUGAUGCAAAAGUUGUUGGUUUUGACCAAGACAAGGAUGUUGCUGUGUUACGUGUUGACGCGCCAAAAGACAAGCUGAGGCCUAUACCUGUUGGGGUCUCUGCAAACUUGCUUGUUGGUCAGAAAGUGUAUGCUAUUGGGAACCCGUUUGGACUUGACCACACUCUUACAACUGGUGUCAUCAGUGGACUUCGGCGAGAAAUUAGUUCCGCUGCUACUGGUCGUCCAAUUCAAGAUGUUAUACAGACAGAUGCAGCUAUUAAUCCUGGUAACAGUGGAGGGCCACUCCUAGAUAGUUCUGGAAACCUCAUUGGGAUAAAUACAGCUAUAUACUCCCCAUCUGGUGCAUCCUCUGGUGUUGGAUUUUCUAUUCCAGUGGAUACUGUAAAUGGCAUUGUUGACCAGUUGGUGAAGUUUGGGAAGGUGACAAGACCUAUUUUAGGUAUCAAGUUUGCUCCAGAUCAGUCUGUGGAGCAGUUAGGGGUAAGUGGAGUCCUCGUCUUGGAUGCUCCUGCCAAUGGUCCAGCCGGAAAAGCAGGCUUGCAAUCAACAAAGCGUGAUUCAUAUGGUAGACUCAUUUUAGGAGACAUCAUAACAUCUGUGAAUGGUACGAAGGUUACUAAUGGAAGUGAUCUGUACAGAAUUCUUGACCAGUGUAAAGUGGGUGAUAAGGUGACUGUGGAGGUUUUGCGAGGUGACCACAAGGAGAAGAUCCCUGUCAUCCUGGAGCCAAAGCCAGAUGAAUCAUGAUAUGCAAGUCAUUCAGCGUGUAUAUACACAUUUCUUGUGCCAGGGAAUGCAGCUGUUUUGUGUGUAUUCUUAGGUUGUUUCCCUAUAAAGGAUCACCUAAAUGUAAAUAUGUAUGUACUACAGGACUGGCACCUGAUCGAUCUUCCAUGAACUUUUUGAUUACUGAACUUGUUGUAACUAGUCACGUCUAUUUGCUCUAAUACAAGUCCAGAGAAAGGGGAGCUUGAUAAGAAA